AUGCCUCCGCGUUCUCCAACCCAAGCCUUCGAGCCGACUCCGGCUCUGGAGCACGAUCCAGACAACUUCUCUCCUCUCACACGUUCAGACACACUGGCUGUUGCCUCAGACAAUAGUGGCAAUCAAAACAAUCCCAAAGCCGUGCGAUUCUCCGAAGCGCCGGCGUCACAACUUCGAGGUCGUCAUUCUAUAGCCACCACAAAUGUCCCUCUACUUCCACCUGUACCCUCUGCCAGUCAGUUACCGAAGCAUGGAUUUCAGAUCACAAACACGAAUUCGGAAGUAGACAUCACCGCCUACAUGGAUCAAUGUCGUUUGUGGAACACACAGAUGAGAGAAUCCCACGAAGCGGAGCGAAGAGCGUGGGAUAUAGAACGGACUGCGCUCAAAGCCCGCAUUGCCGAGUUGGAGAGGAGAUUGAACAGAACAAGAGACCCCAAGAGGAGGUCAAGCAACGACUCUUCGAGUAAUAGUCUUCAUUCGUUUCGGUCGGAUCACUACUUUGGUGUUGACGGUACUCACCAACGCCGAUUCAUCUCUGAACCAGCCAAUGCACCACCGCCCGUUUGGAAGGGCCCUGAGAGCACUCCCCCUGUCACCAGAGUCUUCUCGCGUGACGAUGAUGUCGCUCACCUUCCCAGUAUAUCGGAAAAUGAACCGCUCCCAUCGUUGUCCAAACAGAUUUCGCCGACGUCGAGCGGCCAGGAAAAUGUUCCGGUGCCGAUUGAGCAGGUGGAUAACACUCUGGAUGGAAUCACCCUCAAAUCAGGGGGUUUGACUUCGUCCUUCGACACAGGAAUCACCAGUCCACAGUUUGUCUCCCCUAUCCAAUCGCCGCCAGCCCAACCAAAGGAAGGUGCCGACGGCCUUUUCCAAGUUGAUGUCAAGAGCCUACUGUCUCCACUGGACCAGAAGCUAAGGAUGCAUGCUGGACACACGCCCAUGGCCUACAUUGGGACUGAUUCCUCCAGCCUGGCGAGUACCGAUGGUCUGAGUCCGCAAGAGGAGCCUCUUGAGCCAGCUCCUACAAAGCGACCUCCCCUACGUCCUUCCGAGAAUUCGGAUUCGUACUUCUCCUUCACUUCUGCAGCAAAAGAACAGAUCGAUGAACCCAAGGACACCAUCCCAGAAGAACAAGACCCGGAGCAGGAGUCGUCGUAUGAACCCGACGACGAUCCUGCGCUGAAAGGGCCACUCAUGCUAGAUCCGACUGCUAAGACCAAGGCGGCUAGUACUUUCCUCGGUAUUGUCGAUGAAAAGCUGGUUGAAUUGGUGCAGCAGUCCGAGCAGGAGGCUGGUCCUUCCGGAAGCACUGAGGAGAAGGAACCAGAGAAGCCAUCACAAGAGACUACACAUCAGGAACCAGAUGACGAGAUGCCCAGGUUGAGAAUCCGAGCCAGCACGAACUUUGGCAGUGCUUGGGGUGGAGAUAUGCCUGGCCGCAUGUGA